AGUUAACGACAAUCAUGGCCAAGCCCGCUGCCAAGAAGCCCGCCGCCGUCAAGAAGAUCGCCAAGAAGCCCGCGGCCAAGAAGGCCGCCCCGAAGAAGCCGGCGGCCAAGAAGGCCGCCCCGAAGAAGGCCGCGGCCAAGAAGCCCGCGGCCAAGAAGAAGUAAGCGACCUGCCUGCGGCCUCGUGCAUGUGCAGCCCACCUGGCGCCGUGGCGCGCUGGUUUGGCGUUCGCUGUUGUUGUUGAGGAGGGGGAGGGGCGAGGCUGGCUACCAGGAGAGGGGAGGUCAGCGUCCAUGCUUUAAAGACCGCAUCGUCGCUGCCUGUCUCCUCGUUACACGUAGAAGAGAGAUAGGGUUCUCGGUCUGUCGCGUGAGGCGUGUCUGUCAGAGAAGUAACAGACAUGAGACAACCCCGGUACGGUACUGUAGAAAACGGUAUGUCCUAUGUCGCA